AUGAAUACAGAGAUAUAUCCACAACAAAAUAGAUGCUCAAUAUGUUCUCGUAUUUUUUUAAACAAAAAGAUUACAAAGCGAAAUCCUUGCGAAAAAUAUUUGCUACAGUUCUUGAUUGACUUACAAGAGAACAUAGGCGAUCAAAAUAAAAUUGAUGAACAUUUUCGUAAUUCGAUUUUUGAUGAUGAAGAUGAUAUUAAUCAAACAUCUUGUACUGGUUUAACAUUGAUGCAUAUUAAUAUUCUUGGUGGUCGAGAAGAUUCUUCUAUAAAUGAAACUGAACAAGAAAAUAAUAUGUUCACUCCACCGUAUGAUGAAUUGAUAGCAUUUGAUAUUUGUCAAAUUCUUUUAAAACGUGGCGCUUCAUCAAAUGGCAAUGGCAUUUAUGAAAUGCGUCCAUUGCAUAUUGCUAUUCGACGACAAUGGACACGAGUCAGUCGACUUCUGUUAGAAGCAGGUACCAAUUCAACUAUUCCUGAGAGAGAUAUAUAUGGUUCUCGACCAAUUGAUAUUGCCGUACUCAAUGACGAUCCAGAAAUGAUUGAAUUACUUCACAAAUAUGGUGCAUCAGUCAAUGGAUUAGAAUCAAUGUUCUAUCUCUCACCACUCUCUGAAGCAUUUAUUCGAGGAUAUUUUGAUGCAUUCAAAAUUCUACUAGAACUUGGUGCUAAACCAGUAUUAAGUCUUGAUCGAAAUACACUGCGUUCAUUCAAUACACAGUUAUUUGGUAUGGGUACAAAAGGACGAAAACAUUUUAUACAACUAAUGUAUGAUCAUGGAGGCAAUAUUGAAGCUCAGUUCAGAUUAUAUGCAAUACGUUGUGAACCAGAUGGAAUUCUACUGCAUGAACCUCGUCUACAAUUUAGCUGUGAUAUUUUUUGUAUUGCAGAUAUUGAUCCACGAAUAUUUCAAAGAUGGAUUUGUGAAUCUCGUUCAUUAAAAGAACUUUGUCGUUUAACUCUUCGUCGUUAUUUUUUCAAUUCAUUCAACGACGGUUUUAAACGUCUUUCAUCUCUUGAAUUCGGAGGUCAAUUAAAUACUCAUUUGUAUAAUUUUAUUAUGUUUAAUAACAAAACAUAA